UGCAGGUUGGAUGGUGGGUUAUAAUGAAAUUUAUAGAAGAUAGGGCUAAUUUGGUGCAGAUUAGGAGAGCGAAGGAGUUGGAAGUGAUGGAGGAAGAGCUAGGAGUUGAUGAUGCUGUUGUUGGUAGUGGACUGACUAGGGUUUAUGGAGAUUCAUUGUUGGGAAUGUGUAAUGGACUUGAGCUUAAUUUAUCAAAUAAGGUCGACCAACUUUGACUUAAAAUGCUCAAUAACUUCUCUGGUCAGAAGUCUUUGGGUAUUUAUGCUCAAAUUUCAAUAAAUACGACCAAAAGUGUUUCGCAAUGUAAGAAAUGGUUGAAUUCAAUGAACUUCUUGAAGAUCGAGAGCUUGACUCUAGCUCAUACCGAGAGAGCAACCGGUCAUCUUGACUUUAGAAGAAUUAAAAAUUGAUUCUUAUCAAGACUACAAAAUGUUGUGCACGAAAUCAAUUUAAUUCACUUUUCAUUGCCAAAAGAGGUAAUAACAUCAGUAUUGUCAAAAGGAAGCCAUCUUGAGGAUAUCAAUUUCAAUGAUUGCACUAUUGAUCUCGAAGGAGUCAGAAUCAAGAGCCAAGUGAAAUCAAGGACCAGAUAUCUUGAUUUUACAGGAUCAACAUUUAUGAGAGGGUUUAGGAAAGGAAAAGAUUUUAGUGACUUCUUCGAAAGAAUCUGCAUACUAUUAAAGCAAUCAUAUCUCAACUCACCUCUUCGAUAUGUAAUUUGCCAGAAGUGGGCAAUCACCGAGAAAUCUUUCAAAUUUCUGAUUUCUCAGUACAAACUUGAGAAGUUUGAAUUCUUACUGGCGAGGAACCGAUGAUAAUAAUUUUCCUUCUUGUCAGACUUAUUUAAUAACCAAUUAA